AUGGCAACGAAGGCUGUGAAUGGCAAUGCUUUGACAACAGGCAACACCAUCCGACCGCCAUUCAGACGACAAGGAUCAAGUGUGGCUGCUGGACCUCAACAGAUGACAGUAGCGCUCACGCCGGUUCCAAAAGUUGAUUACUCAGUCACAAAGGGUGGUGCCAGGACUUGGGCAGUUUUACUAGUAUUUAUGUUUUUAUGUUUUUCUAUGUACACAAUAUUUUCUGCAAAAGAAAUGCCAGUCGAUCUGGAUGGAGAUGGACAUACGGAUUUCGAGGAUGAAAUUACAGAAGGAACUUCAUCUUAUCAGAAAAAACAUCGCGAUGAUCCAGCUCAAAAUGAUGAUCAAAAACGGACACAGGAUAAAGGCAAAAAUGAACCUAAAACGAAUGGACAUGCGCCUGAAACGGCGGAUGAUGAUGAAGAUGAUAAUGAAGAUGAUCUUGAAGAUAGGCUCUUUGCUGGAUUACGGAAAAAAAUAGAGAGAAACAUCAAAAAAGUUGCAGAGUUGGUUGAAAAAAAAAUAGAUAAUCGGCAGAAAGAUCAAGAUGUUAACGAUGAUGAUGAUGACGAUGAUGAUGAUGAUGAACCGCAACCACAACGUCAAACUAAGAAAAGGAAAGACAAACAGUUGAAAAAGAAAGCAAAAGAUGAGAUCGAUGACGAAGAUGAAGACAACAACGGAGAUGAAGAUGAUGACGAUGAAGAUGAUGGCGGUAAUAGAAAGGAAGAGCUGAAGAAGUCGACCAUGCGCAAGCUUAACUCUCGACGUCAGAAUCAGAAUAAUCAAAAAGAUAAUAGCAAGUCGGAUGGUGGAAAGCAAGGCAAGAAGUUACUAGAAAAAAAUAAAGAGGCAGAAGCUGACCGUGACGAUGAUGACGAUGAUGAUGACGAUGAUGAUGAUGAUGAUGAUGACGAUGAUGAUGAUGAGGAUGAAAAAAAAAACAGUAAUAGCAGGAAGCUAAGCAAGGAUUUGAAGAGUGAUAAAAAUGAGAAGAAGCGUUCGGAGUUAAACGAUGAUGAUGAUGAUGAUGAUGAGGACACAGACGGAAGCAAAAACUCGGGCAAGAAAGAACCUUUGAAAAAAGUGAAAGUCGAGCCGGAGUCGAAAAGUGAUAAUAAAGCGGAUAAGAAAAACGAUGAUGAUGAUGAUGAUGAUGAUGAUGAUGACGAUGAUGAUGAUGACGACGACGUUUACGGUGAAGAAAAUACAGUUAUGCCUAGAAUCAAAAAACCUGGACGGUUCAAACAUAUCACUCAGCCAUUGAAACAACGGGAAUGUAAUCGGAAACAUUGUCCGAAUAUGGUGGAUGUUACUCCACGUAAAUCAUUAUUGAAAAAGAAGAAGAACCAAAGAACAAACCCGAAGUUGAAUGACUUCAAAGAUGACUUCGAAGAGAGUGACAAUGAGGAAGAGGAUGAUGAUAACAAUCUUAAUGAAAACGAUGAAGAUGAUGAUGACGAAGGAAUCAGUUCUGAAUUUGAAAGUCUUCCAAUACAAGAAGUGGUAGCUGUCAAAAAGUACAAAUCUGUUGGACGCGAAGGGUACAAACGUCAUGCCAUAACCAAUAAAGAUGAUCAUCGUCACAGAGAUGUUUUGGAUAAAGCAGACUUCUUAGUGGAAAAGCACGAUUAUGACGAAGCUAUCGCAUUGUUCGAUUCGGUCAUUCUUCAGCAUCCUGAAUCUCCACGAGCUCAUUUUGGAAAAGCUCGAGCUUAUGAUAUCAGAGCGGAAUACUCUUCUGAUGAGAAGUUCUAUGAUAUGGCAAUGAAAGAAUAUCAAACUGUUCUCGAUAAUGAUGAAACUCCCGAAGCAUUGUUCAGGCAAGCUGGAGAUCGGCUUAUCGACAGAGCUAGAUUUUUGGGACAGUUUCAUAGAUGUUUACAAGCUCAUCGAACAAUAAUCGACAGAUUCCCAGAAGAAAUAGAGUUACAAACAGACUUCGGCCGUACUUUUCUCAUGAUGAAACGGCAUGAUGACGCUCGGAAGAUCUUCCAUGACAUUCUCCAAGUCGAUCAUAAUAAUGCUGUGUCUUUAGCCUAUUACGGAUAUAUACUUAAAGUGGUUGAUAAUGAUAUCGAAAAUGGUGUGAACUAUAUGCGUAAAGGACUCAGAUUAGGUGGAGAAGAUCUUGCUGAUCCUAGAUUCUACUAUCAUCUGGGCCAUGGACUAACGUUCUUGGGACGUGAUGAUGAGGCCUUAGCGGUUUAUGAAAGAGGUGCUGAGCUGGGAAUAUUUUUAUCAGCUAAGCAGAGGUCUAUGCACAAUGUGGACGGCUUGACUGGAAGACCAUGGUGGUCACUGGAACAGACUACUUACACAAAAUAUCUCAAAGCUUUGGAAAGACAAUGGGUUGCUAUCCGCCAUGAAGCCAUUACUGCCUUAACAGAAGAUCCAGACCAGUGGGAGAAUGAGAAUGAUAUUUUCACGUUUGAUGGUAGAUGGGAACAUUUUUCAAUUAUGAAGAAUGAUAAAUUCGAUGAGAAACAUUGUAAAAGAAUUCCACUAACCUGUAGUUUAUUGAAAGAUUUCAAAGAAAUGUCCAAUGCCAUUAAAGGAGGAAUAAAGUUCUCUGUCUUAUCAUCUGGAACAAAAGUUCUUUCACACUGUGGCCCUUCAAACACUCGCUUACAAGCUCAUAUGGGUCUGGUUGUUCCAUCUGAAGCAAGAAUCAGAGUUGGUUCUGAGCAGAAAGGUUGGAAAACUGGUAAAUUCAUAAUUUUUGAUGACUCAUUCGAACACGAGAUGAGCUUUGAAGGAGCUUCUUCGUCCGCAUUCCGAUUAGUUCUUGUUUUGGACUUGUGGCAUCCAGAGAUUGAUGCCCGUCAACGUGUGCAAGAUGAAUGA